AUGUCAGGCCCAGGAGGUGAUGCCUUCGUGCUGCCUAUCCGCAUCAGCGCCCCAGCCCCGGGCCUGACCCAGUGCCUGCUGGCGUGUGUGUCCUGGAUCACAUGCCUGGCCUGCUUCCUGAGGACUCAGGUUCACCAGAUUCUGUUCAGUACCUGCAGAUGCAAGCUGUUCUUCCAGAAGCUCAUGGAAAAGACAGGUGUUCUGGUCCUCUGUGCUUUUGGAUUCUGGAUGUUUUCUAUGCACUUACCAUCCAAAAUGGAAGUCUGGCAGGAUGACAGCAUAAAUAGUCCACUGCAGAGCUUGAGAAUGUACCAGGAGAAGGUGCGGCAUCACACUGGGGAAAUCCAGGACCUCCGAGGUAACAUGACCCAGCUCAUCGCCAAGCUCCAGCUGAUGGAAGCCAUGUCAGAUGAGGAAAAAAUUGCCCAGAAAAUAAUGAAGAUGAUACAAGGAGAUUUUAUUGAAAAGCCAGACUUUGCCCUAAAAUCUAUAGGGGCCUCCAUCGACUUUGAGCAAACGUCAGCCACGUACAACCACGACAAGGCUCGCUCCUACUGGAACUGGAUCCGGCUGUGGAACUAUGCGCAGCCCCCGGACGUGAUCCUCGAGCCCAACAUGACGCCUGGCAACUGCUGGGCCUUCUCCGGGGACCGAGGUCAGGUGACCAUCCGACUGGCCCAGAAGGUCUACCUGUCCAACCUGACACUGCAGCACAUCCCCAAGACCAUCUCACUGUCGGGCAGCCUGGACACUGCUCCCAAGGACUUCGUCAUUUACGGCAUGGAAGGCUCUCCCAGGGAGGAGGUGUUCCUGGGGGCGUUUCAGUUUCAGCCGGAAAACAUCAUUCAGAUGUUCCAGCUCCAGAACCAGCCUGUCCGAGCUUUUGGGGCUGUCAAGGUGAAGAUAUCGAGCAACUGGGGGAACCCACGCUUCACUUGCCUGUACCGAGUGCGUGUGCACGGCUCUGUGACCCCACUAGAAUGCCCUAGAGAGCAGUCGAACUAGAGCCCCUACCCCAAGAGAGAUUAA